AUGUCGAAUAAAGUGCUCCGGUCCCCGAGGAGCGGCACGUCGGAAACGUUCGCGUGCAAUUCAAAACCGAAUACUAACAACGACAACGACAACGAAGCGGUUGUCAAUCGCGGCGCUUCACGUCGAAUCGUAAAAACACUAAAUGGUUUCGCGACAACGAAACGCGUGGCCGUGUGUUGGUUGAGGAGAGAAAGAAAUGUGGUGGGGGGAGGCUCGACGCGGUGCCGUGUCACAGUUCAGGUGCGCCGCGUUUGCGUUGUGUUACAAGGGGUAAUGCGGGGUAAAGCACGCGAAACGCGAGGCGAUUUGCAUAUUAAAAACUGUUAUUGCCGCCGGGGGGGUGGCGAGGCGAGCGGUCCGCCAGGGCGCGGUUCGGCUGGGGGGGAGGCGUCGGGCGUCCAGGUUGUUACUCCCUGCACUGACGAAGUGCAGUUGCAAGCUAUUCAUGCCCGCACUAAAUGCAUCCCCGCGCGAGCCCCUCCUGCCACU